UAUAUAUAUGUUUGUAAAUGCAGGAUGUGUGCAGUAUUAUUACUAAUACUGUUGCUAUAAGUGUUUAAAUUCUGUUCUGACACUCUCCCCUGCAGCAUUCAUUUCUGUGAGUAUAUCUGGUCACAACAAGUGCUCAAGGUGUUCACCAUCCUUCACAUGUACAACACCAGGCCAAAACAAUUCAGAAUGUAAUGAACAUCUAUUUAGACCUCAUACAUCUGUUUAAACAUCAUACUCUUCUCUGAAAAGAACAAUCAAAUUAUAAUUUUUGUUAGUGGUAUGUUUCUGUUAUUGUAGUAACCUUGUUAGGAGGCAGGUCAUUAUUUCCCUUUGAGAUAUACACAGGAUUUUUACAAUCAAGAUUCUACAAUCCACCAGUCCAACCUGUGGCAUACAGCACUAGCACACAGGAAAGUGCCAUUGUCAGAGCUUUUCAUUCUCAGUAAAGUGCUUACAUGCUGGGUAGUGGGCCGACUCCAUGGCUUUAGCACAACCAACUCUGAUGACGGGGGUGUUUUUAUUGUAUGUCAAGCCUCUCUAUACUCCCCGUGCCAGGGUAUAAAAGGUGGGACACUGGAAUAAGGGAGCAUCAGGAACCAGCUAACUCGUCACAGCACAGCUGUACUCCAGCAGGUAAGAGGCCAGAAAAUGAAAAACAAAACAAAACAAAACAAAACACUGUUCCCAGUCAUUAUAUAGUUGGGGGUCUAGUCACUCUUGGUCUCAUUCAUUUAUGGAAGUAAUAGAUGAUUUAGUUGUUCUGAAUGAACUUUUUAAUUUUAUUUAUUUUUUAUUUGUGCAAUGGAAAGUACCAUUUCCAAAAUGAAGCCCAAAUCCAGUGAUGACCCAUACCAACUCCAUCACAAUUUACCAGGUCCUCACAUGGCUCUGACCUCAUACUGGCCCACUGUGCAUGUUAGGAGGGCAUGCACAAAGUCCCACAACCUUUAUUCUCUCCCACAGACACUCUUCAACCCCUUUACCAUGUCUCAGACUGCCAAGUUCACCACCAGCCAGGCCACUGAUGCCAAAGAGAAGGGAACUUCUGGCUCUGCGGCUACCUCCAGCAAGAAAACCAAGACUGGAGAAACCACUAUGGGCAAUUACAGAAUGAAGCUCUUCAGCAAGGAGAACUUCCAGGGCAAGAUGAUGGAGGUCCAAAAUGAGUGCACUAACAUUUGUGAUUGUGGCAUGGACAGAGUCCGCAGUAUCAUUGUGGAGUGUGGCCCGUAAGUUAUUGUCUAGAAGAUUAUUAUUAAAAAUGGAUUUAUAAAAGUUCUCCUAUAGUAUAAAGCAGAUGGUAACAGCAUUGAAUAUGGUUGGUUAGGCAGCAGAAUUCCUCAUUCUUAAAGUUUCUUCCUCUUCUCCUCUUCUGAGUCUGGUUGACGAUAUGAUUGCUCAUGUAAUAAUGUGUUUUGGGUUUUUUUUAGUUUUUUUUUUUUUACCUCCCUGCUGUUUUGAUCUUGUAAUCACCUUUUCCUUGUCUCCAGCUUUGUGGCCUUUGAGCAGGCGAA